ACGCGCAUGGAAAUUAUGAGUCCCACCCACCUUAGAAAACAUAAACUACCUCCAGGACCAGGACUACAGAAGGAUUACGCGCUGUAGGAAGAAUAUUCUGCCUAACAAAUCUGAGAACAUGAGUUAUCCUGGAUACCCUCAGUCUGGUGGAUACCCACCCCAGGCAGGAGUCUACCCCCCACAGGCCGGGGGCUAUCCUCCCCAGGCAGGUGGCUACCCCCCUCAGGCCGGUGUCUAUCCACCCCAAGCCGGAGGAUACCCACCCCAAGCCGGAGGAUACCCACCCCAGGCCGGUGGUUAUCCCCCUCAGGCCGGUGGUUAUCCCCCUCAGGCCGGUGGCUACCCCCCUCAGGCCGGUCCUGGUGGCUAUCCUCCUCAGGCGGGAGGUUUCCCAUCCAUGCCCCCUGCAGGCAGUUGGGGUGGUGGCGCUGGGUUUCCCACCGUAGGUCUUGACAGUCUGCAGAACCCUGGUUUCAAUGCAGCCAAUCUUCCAGGCAUGGCUAAUCAGAUCUCAGCUUCCAUGGGAGGGUUUAAUCCAAACCCAUCCAUGUUCCCCCAAGCCCCUGGAGGGUACCCCUCUGCCCCCCAGUCUGGGGGCUAUGGGGCCCCUUCCCCUAACCAUGGCCUGUACCCGCAGCCAGGAGGGCCAGCGGUGGGUUACCCAGGCCAGCAGCCCAUGCCUGGCUACCCGCGGGCACCAUCACCCAACCCUCCCAUGCCCGGCUAUGGAGGAGGACCAGCACCUAAUCCGUCCAUGCCGGCGUACCCGCGGGCCCCAUCGCCCAACCCAUCCAUGCCAGGCUACGGAGGAGGAGCCAUGCCUGUAUCUCCUGCCAUCAAUAGAGGGUUCAGGGGUACGAUCCAGACCUUCCCAGGAGCAGACCCCCUGAGGGAUGUGGAGGUUCUGAGGAAAGCCAUGAAGGGCUUUGGCACCGAUGAACAAGCCAUUAUCGAGUUGCUUGGGAGUCGGUCCAAUAAGCAACGUGUACCUUUGCUCAUGGCCUAUAAAACCUCCUAUGGAAAGGAUCUCGUUAAGGACCUGAAGUCAGAACUUUCUGGAAACUUUGAAAAACUGGUGCUGGCCAUGCUAAAGACUCCAGCCCAGUUUGAUGCAUAUGAACUUUACAGUGCCAUAAAGGGAGCAGGCACAGAUGAAGCCUGUCUCAUAGAGAUCCUGGCCUCUCGCUCUAAUGCUGAAAUCAAAGAGAUAAACCAGAUCUACAAAACGGAGUAUAAGAAGAAACUGGAAGACUCCAUCAGUGGAGAUACCUCCGGACACUUCCGCAGACUUCUAAUCUCCCUGGCCCAGGGUAAUCGGGAUGAGAGGGAGACUGUGGACAUUUCCAUUGCCAAACAAGAUGCCCAGGCCCUCUACGCUGCAGGGGAAAACAAGCUGGGAACAGAUGAGUCCAAAUUCAAUGCCAUUUUGUGUGCCAGGAGCAAACCUCACCUCCGAGCAGUUUUCCAUGAGUACCAGCAGAUGAGUGGCAGAGACAUCGAGAAGAGCAUUGAGAGGGAGAUGUCUGGAAAUCUAGAGGGUGGCAUGCUAGCAGUGGUCAAGUGUAUUAAGAAUACCACUGUCUACUUUGCUGAGAGACUCUACAAAUCCAUGAAGGGUGCUGGGACUAAGGACACAACCCUGAUUCGGAUCAUGGUCACUCGUUCUGAAGUCGACAUGCUGGACAUCCGCCAAGAGUACAUGAGGAUGUACGGAAAGUCGCUGUACACACACAUCUCUGGGGACACCUCUGGGGACUAUAAGAAGUUGCUGUUGAAGCUGUGUGGAGGGAGCGACUGAAGCCUCCACACAAAGGAUCUACCAGAAGGGGGCUCUGCAUGCCGUACCCUACAUGCUUACACAUGUACAUGACACAUGUUUACUGAAUCGCUGUAUCUUAUCUAUGCAUCACACUCAGCAUUAUUGCAUGCCUUGCUGUUAUCAAUGCAAUCUUUUUUUUUUAUCAAUUGUUAUUCAAACCUUUUAUUGGGGUAUGUUGAUUUGGUUUUUCAGAGCAAAAAAAAAAUAUAUAUUUCUAAUUAGCAUAGCAUGAGGAAGGUUAUUUCAAAUACUGUUAAGAUUGGAUUUGGUAAUAAAGAGAUAUAUAUACCUGUAUAUUUUAGACGCAAAAAAAUAUAUAUUUAAUAGUCUGUGCCAAAUACCAAUCUAGAAAAAAAACAGACAUCAGAAUUCUUCACCUAAAUACCAAAGUGAUAAGUUUAUAAUUCUGUUUAUAUAUUCUGUUAAUAUAGAGUAUAUUUUUUCGGUGUUUUUUUACCAUGAUUUUGUCCUGUCUUUGCUAUUUGCAUUAUUCUACCUUUAAUUUGUGUCUGCAUUACUCAAAAGUAAACCUCGCAGCAUACAUUUCAGUGAAAAUGUGUCUGUAAUGAUCUCAAAAUAAAUACUGAGGUUACGAAUCUUUGCUAA